AUGUCUGAUUUGUACAGUAUAAUUAACAACUAUAUUGAUGAAGCGAUCGUCACAAAAGAUCCAUUAGAAAUAUAUAGAUCAAAACUAAACGAAAUUGGUGUUCCACCAGAUAUCCAAGAAAAUCUACUUAGAGAGUACCAGCAAAAGAGAGAGGAUGCGAUAAAACCAACAGAAAAGGAUAAAAUUGUUCAAACAAUAUACGAUAAUGAAAUGGCUUUUAGAAAAGAACAACUAGAAAAUAUUAAUACUUUAAUGGGAGAUCUUCCAAAAUACUUGAUCGGCAAAGAAAUCAAUCAAUUGAGUGAAGAUAGUUCAUUAAGCGUUUCAUUAAGAAAUCUAAUGUAUGAUAUUCAGAAAUUGCCAAAGAUGGAUAUCGAUAUGACUGAUAAUGAAUCCGAUACUGACGAGGAAGAUGAUAUCACACUAGAUGAAUAUAAUAACUUCCGGUCUAUUCUAAUACAAAAAUGCCAAGCGAUUCUAUAUGGUGAGAAUCAUCUACAUGAGAUCCUUGAGCAAAUAAAGACUUUUGAACAAUUAUCUCAAGAUAUUAAGGAUAAUGGCGGAACAGAUAUAAAUACUUAUUUAAAAGAAUAUAAUGAACAAUUGAAAAUUGCUCUCAAAGAAUUACAAGAUCUAUUGGAAGAAUCACUUAAAAAGGCAGAUGGUAAUCCCGUGAAACAACAGGCGUUAAAAGAUAUCAUAUGCCAUUCUAUGAUGUGA